AUGUCUACCACUCUUGACAGUUUCAUUCUAUACCAAUUAAGCAAGUUUAAUGAGUACGAAGCCCACGAAAAUCCUUGGACACCUCAGAGAAUCGUAAAGUAUGUCGUUGGUUCGCUCUCAAUUUUACUGAUUUGUGGAGUUGUGGCAUUUGGAAUAUCUACAUUGCUCUUUUAUUUUUAUGACGAUCCCGAUGAAGUUACUAGGUAUCCUGUACCCCUUCCUCCUGCCUCCAAAUGUGGAAAACGAAUAAUUGGAUAUUAUUCUGGAUGGGAGCGCCGAACGAUAUCAGAGUCCCAAGUUAGCAAAUUGACACAUGCCAUAUUUGUAGCAAUUCGCAUGUUCAAAAAUGGACAAAUUGCUUUUCAUAAUACAGAAUAUAGUGGACGAUUUUUGGAUAUGAAAAAGAAGGCGAGAUUAGUGAAUAAGGACAUAAAAGUGAUAAUUGGAGUUGGUGGAAAAGGGAAUUCGCAAUUUUUUUCACCGGUUUUUGCAGAUGGAAAGAAACGGAAAACUCUCGUAAAAUCCAUCUCCAACUUCCUAUUCACCCAGAAAAUCGAUGGAGUAGAAAUCGAUUGGACUUAUCCGUUUGCAGAAGCCCAAGAUCGAAACACAACUGUCUCGUUUCUCAGCGAACUUCGAACCGAAUUGAAGCUUCUAGAACAUCAGAAAAAUUUAACAGAAUCAUUUUUAAUCAGUAUGCUGACUCCACAAAUCAUAUGGGAUCAAUUGGAUGGGUAUGAUUUGAAGGGAAUCGCCCAACAAGUGGAUUUUAUCAAUUUGAUAUCUUAUGAAUAUUAUGGUCCAUGGGGAAUGCCAGCUGGAGUUUAUACCGGUCCCAUUGGUCCAUUGUACGGAGGAAAACGUGGAAAUGUGGAUGACACAAUGAAAGUACAUGCGUGCGAGACAAUGGAGCCAAGUAAGGUGAUUUUGGGAAUUCCAUUAUAUGGAAAGUUCUGGAAGAAUGUCAAAAAGGAUCCAAUUAAUCAAACGGAAACAAUGUGUAAGGAAGAAGUUUGUCGGAUAGAUGAUCCUUUUGAAAUUUCGGAUGUAUGGAGAAUUGCGGAAAUGAAGGAUGGAAGACCACGAGGAGGAUUCAUUAGUUGGAGUGAUCGAGAGACUGAUGACGUGGGAAUCAUUUGGAAUAGGACAGAAGCCAAAUGGGAUGACAAAUCGAAAAGUACGUAUAUCUGGAGACCGGAGGAUCAGAUUCUGAUAACUUAUGAGUCGAGGCAAAGCAUCGAGGAAAAAAUAAAAUAUGUGGAGGAGAAGAAUUUGGGUGGCAUCAAUAUUUGGUCGUUGAAUAUGGAUGAUGAAAGAGAUACAGCAUUGGAAUUGGUGUCUUCUGGAAAUUUAUGUGAUGGGAAGAAAAUGAAGAAGAAGAAUGAGAUUAUGUAUAAAUAUCUCCAGAAUCAUGUAACCUCGGAAGACCCGAAACUCAAAACUUCAGAAUCUCAGAAUCUCAGAAUCUCAGAAUCUCAGAAUCUCAGAGAAUCUCAGAAUCUCAGAAUCUCAGAAUCUCAGAAUCUCAGAAUCUCAGAAUCUCAGAAUCUCAGAAUCUCAAAAUCUCAGAAUCUCAGAAUCUCAGAAUCUCAGAAUCUCAGAAUCUCAGAAUCUCAGAAUCUCAGAAUCUCAGAAUCUCAGAAUCUCAGAAUCUCAGAAUCUCAGAAUCUCAGAAUCUCAGGAUCUCAGAAUCUCAGGAUCUCAGAAUUUCAGAAUCUCAGGAUCUCAGAAUUUCAGAAUCUCAGAAUCUCAGAAUCUCAGAAUCUCAGAAUCUCAGAAUCUCAGAAUCUCAGAAUCUCAGAAUCUCAGAAUCUCAGAAUCUCAGAAUCUCAGAAUCUCAGAAUCUCAGAAUCUCAGAAUCUCAGAAUCUCAGAAUCUCAGAAUCUCAGAAUCUCAGAAUCUCAGAAUCUCAGAAUCUCAGAAUCUCAGAAUCUCAGAAUCUCAGAAUCUCAGAAUCUCAGAAUCUCAGAAUCUCAGAAUCUCAGAAUCUCAGAAUCUCAGAAUCUCAGAAUCUCAGAAUCUCAGAAUCUCAGCAUCUCAGCAUCUCAGAAUCUCCGAAUCUCAGAAUCUCAGAAACUCAGAAUCUCAGAAUCUCAGAAUCUCAGAAUCUCAGGAUCUCAGAAUCUCAGAAUCUCAGAAUCUCAGAAUCUCAGAAUCUCAGAAUCUCAGAAUCUCAGAAUCUCAGAAUCUCAGAAUCUCAGAAUCUCAGAAUCUCAGAAUCUCAGAAUCUCAGAAUCUCAGAAUCUCAGAAUCUCAGAAUCUCAGAAUCUCAGAAUCUCAGAAUCUCAGAAUCUCAGAAUCUCAGAAUCUCAGAAUCUCAGAAUCUCAGAAUCUCAGAAUCUCAGAAUCUCAGAAUCUCAGAAUCUCAGAAUCUCAGAAUCUCAGAAUCUCAGAAUCUCAGAAUCUCAGAAUCUCAGCAUCUCAGCAUCUCAGAAUCUCCGAAUCUCAGAAUCUCAGAAACUCAGAAUCUCAGAAUCUCAGAAUCUCAGAAUCUCAGGAUCUCAGAAUCUCAGAAUCUCAGAAUCUCAGAAUCUCAGAAUCUCAGAAUCUCAGAAUCUCAGAAUCUCAGAAUCUCAGGAUCUCAGAAUCUCAGGAUCUCAGAAUUUCAGAAUCUCAGGAUCUCAGAAUUUCAGAAUCUCAGAAUAUCAUAGACUCAGAAUCUCAGAAUCUAAGAAUCUCGGAAUCCUGAAGUUUCAGAAUCUCAGAACUUCAGAAUCUCGAAAUUUCAGAAUCACAGAAUUUCAGAAACUUCGAAUUUCAAAGUUUUAG